UUUAAGAUGUAUGAACAAGAAGAGGAAUAUGUGGAGGAUGGAGAGGAUUCUGAAGAGAUUUCUAAUGAUAUCUGGCAGGAAGCUUGCUGGAUCGUUAUCUCGGCUUAUUUCGACGAGAAAGGAUUGGUAAGACAGCAGUUGGAUUCCUUUGACGAGUUUAUUCAAAUGAAUGUUCAAAGGAUCGUGGAGGAUGCACCUCAGAUUGAUCUCCAGGGGGAGGCUCAGCAUGCCCAAGGGGAGGUUGAGACCCCUCCACGGUUCCUCUUGAAAUUUGAGCAGAUUUAUCUCUCCAAACCAACUCAUUGGGAGAAAGAUGGAGCUCCUACACCUAUGAUGCCGAACGAGGCUAGGCUCAGGAAUCUGACCUACUCUGCUCCUCUGUAUGUCGAUAUCACUAAGACUGUUGUAAGAGAAGGACAGGACCCAGUAGAGACUCAGCAUCAGAAAACAUUUAUAGGAAAGAUUCCUAUUAUGCUGCGGUCAACCUACUGCUUGCUCAACGGUAUGACCGACAGAGAUCUUACAGAGCUCAACGAAUGCCCGUUAGAUCCCGGCGGUUACUUCAUUAUCAACGGAUCAGAAAAGGUUUUGAUCGCGCAGGAGAAGAUGGCCACCAACACCGUCUACGUGUUCAGCAUGAAGGACGGAAAGUUUGCGUACAAAACUGAAAUCAGAUCUUGUCUUGAGCACUCCUCCCGACCUACGAGCACAUUGUGGAUCAACAUGUUGGCCCGCGGAGGGCAGAACGUUAAGAAAUCCGCCAUAGGACAGAGAAUAGUGGGGAUCCUCCCGUACAUCAAGCAGGAGAUCCCCAUCAUGAUCGUCUUCAGAGCACUUGGCUUCGUUGCAGACAGGGAUAUUUUGGAGCACAUUAUUUAUGAUUUUGAUGAUCCUGAGCUGAUGGAGAUGGUUAAACCCUCCUUAGAUGAAGCUUUUGUAAUUCAGGAACAAAAUGUUGCCUUGAACUUCAUUGGAUCCAGAGGAGCCAGGCCUGGUGUAACAAAGGAGAAACGUAUAAAAUAUGCUCGUGAGAUUCUACAGAAGGAGACCCUGCCUCAUGUUGGAGUUUCAGACUACUGUGAGACCCGUAAAGCAUAUUUCCUGGGAUACAUGGUUCACAGACUUCUAUUGGCUGCACUGGGAAGGGAGAUGCGAAUGUACGCGCAGAAGUUUAUCGACAAAGGAAAGGAUUUUAACCUGGAGCUCGCAAUUAAACCGAAGACGAUCUCUGAUGGUCUCCGAUACUCCCUUGCCACCGGAAACUGGGGAGAUCAGAAGAAAGCCCAUCAGGCCCGUGCUGGUGUAAGCCAGGUAUUGAACAGGCUGACCUACGCCUCGACUCUCUCUCAUCUGCGGCGUAUAAACUCCCCUAUAGGUCGUGACGGAAAACUUGCUAAACCGAGACAGCUUCACAACACUCUCUGGGGGAUGAUCUGUCCUGCCGAAACACCAGAGGGAGCAGCUGUAGGUUUGGUGAAGAACUUGGCUCUGAUGGCGUAUAUUAGUGUGGGGAACACCCCCUCACCCAUCCUAGAGUUCUUGGAGGAGUGGAGUAUGGAGAACCUCGAGGAGAUAGCUCCUAGCAGUAUAGCAGAUGCUACUAAGAUAUUUGUAAACGGAUGUUGGGUUGGUAUUCAUCGAGAUCCUGAACAGCUGAUGACAACCCUGAGGAAGCUCCGACGACAAAUGGACAUCAUCAACGCCGAGGUGUCGAUGAUCCGUGACAUCAGGGACCGAGAGAUCAGGAUCUACACAGAUGCCGGGAGGAUCUGCCGUCCUCUUCUCAUUGUGGAGGACUGCAAGCUCCUCAUGAAGUCCAGGCAUAUCGACCUCCUCAAGGAGAGGGAGUUCAACAACUACCAGUGGCAGGAUCUAGUUGCUACUGGAGUAGUGGAGUAUAUUGAUACUAUAGUUUAUAUCGAUCUAGUUGCUACUGGAGUUGUGGAGUAUAUUGAUACUAUGACAUGGACCCAUUGUGAGAUUCAUCCAGCCAUGAUCCUAGGAGUGUGUGCUUCCAUUAUCCCAUUCCCUGAUCAUAACCAGUCACCCAGAAACACAUACCAGUCUGCUAUGGGUAAGCAAGCCAUGGGAGUGUACAUAACUAACUUCCAUGUACGGAUGGACACCCUGGCUCAUGUACUGUACUAUCCACAGAAACCAUUGGUUACAACACGAUCUAUGGACUAUCUCAGGUUUUCUGAGCUGCCAGCUGGUAUAAACAGUAUUGUUGCUAUUGCUACCUAUACCGGGUAUAAUCAGGAGGACUCCGUUAUCCUAAACAGUUCUGCUGUAGACAGAGGAUUCAUGAGAUCUGUGUUCAUGAGAUCCUACAAGGACUCGGAGACCAAGAGGAACGACCAGGAGGAGAACUUCGAGAAACCGACUAGGGAGACUUGUCAAGGGAUGAGGAAUGCGAUCUACGAUAAACUGGACGAUGAUGGAAUUAUUGCCCCAGGGCUUCGUGUAUCUGGAGAGGAUGUAAUUAUCGGGAAAACAAUUGUUCUGCCAGAAAAUGAAGACGAGCUGGACUGAAAUCUAUAAUUGGUCAUUUUUUCUCUGGAUUGUUUAAUGUUUACAAAUAAUAAUGAUGAAGGGUCAAUAGUGAUGUUGACCCUGAAUAAUGACGGAAACAAGUUCACCAAGAUCAGAGUACGAUCCGUCAGGAUUCCACAAAUUGGAGACAAGUUCGCCUCCAGGCACGGACAGAAGGGAACAUGUGGUAUUCAAUACAGACAAGAAGAUAUGCUGUUCUCCUGUGAAGGACUAACCCCUGACAUCAUCAUUAACCCCCACGCUAUCCCAUCCAGAAUGACAAUCGGUCACUUGAUUGAAUGCCUCCAGGGCAAAGUUGGAUCUAACAAGGGAGAGAUAGGAGAUGCUACUCCCUUCAAUGAUGCUGUAAACGUACAGAAGAUUUCUAAACUGCUCUUAGAGUACGGAUAUCAGAGCAGAGGCAACGAGGUGAUGUACUCUGGACACACUGGAAGGAAACUCAAUACUCAAAUAUUUCUAGGUCCCACCUACUACCAAAGGUUAAAACAUAUGGUGGAUGAUAAGAUCCAUAGUAGAGCUCGAGGCCCUGUUCAGAUCCUCGUUAGACAACCCAUGGAGGGUAGAGCUAGGGAUGGAGGUCUCAGAUUUGGUGAGAUGGAACGAGAUUGUCAAAUAUCUCACGGAGCAGCACAGUUCCUUAGAGAGAGAUUGUUUGAGGUGUCAGACCCGUACAGAAUCCAUGUCUGUAACUUCUGUGAUAUAUUUGUUGUACUAGGUGUCAGAUCCGUACAGAAUUCAUGUCUAUGGGAUGCUGGGGGUCCUUUAGAUGGAGGGUCAGGUGAGGUUUCAAUGAUGUUCGUUGAUGAUAAUGAUACAUCAGCGGAUGCUGCUCCGUCAGUGGCUGAAAUUGAAACAUCUGUGGAUACCGCUCCGUCUGUCUGGGGAAUGUUGUCUGGAUGUGGAGUUUCUGCAAGGGAUCGAAGAGCUGGGGCUGCAUCUGAUCUGACCAAUGUCGAGUUGCUCCUGCGAAGUGGUGUCACAGUGCGUAUGAUUCCUUCGAUGAGAUCCUCUNGUAGGGAUGAGAUGGGAUGGGUGAAGCUACCAUACGCUGCUAAGCUGUUGUUCCAGGAGCUCAUGUCGAUGAAUAUUGCUCCCAGGUUGAUGGUCGACUAACCCUACACAGUCGACCGUCGACAAUCAA